AUGGAUAUGAAAGUUAAGAUUUUUGGAGGUCUUGCAGCGACAUUUGCAGCAUCAGCCAUAUAUUUAUUUUUCAAAGAAAACAAUAAAUCUCUAAACUAGAAGAUGUUUGAUGAGAUAAAUAAAAUCAAGAAAUACAUUGAAAAUCAUUUUUAUGAAUGCACCAAAGAAAAUGUUAGAUUAUUCAUAAUUAAUUAUUAUAGUUAUCCUAAAAGUUAGAAGACAGAAAAGAUUUCAUAAAUCUAUUAAAUGAAGUAGCUAGUAAUUUUUUUGACAUUGACAGAGUAAAUGAUGAAAUUAGUCGACAUCCUUAUUUUAAAUAAUUUGCUGGAGUGAAUUAAUAAGUUCAUUUAUUUAAUUAAGAAUAUACUUCAUUCUAUUUAAGAAAGUAACUAUUAUUAAUUAUUAUUUUAGAAACUCAUUAGAUGCAGUUUAAAAUAGUCUAAAUUUUAUUGUUAGUAAACAUAGAUUACUCAAUUAAGAAUAACCAUAAUUAUCAGAGAAUACUUCAAAAUUUAUUAAUUUCUUUUAUCUUGUUCUUAUUAAUUUGGUUAAAUUAAUUGAAGAAACUCUUAUAGAUUUAGAAGAUAAACAUGCUUUAAUAUAAAUGAAUUUCUUUUUAGCAGGAUUAUUAGAUUAAAUAGAAUAAAUAUUAAAGUAAUAUCCAUUGUUAUCAAAUCUAUUUGGUAUAGCACUUUUAGGUUAAUUGUAAUUAAAUGAUCCUUAAAUUGGUUUUGGACAUUAAUGUGAUGAUAAUUUCUUUAAUGCUAAAAUAGAAGAUACAAAUAUUAAUCAAAAUUGUAAAUGUUUAAUUUUCGAUGCACUUAUACGUUAUGUUUCAUUAAUAACUCCAACUUUAUAAAAGAAAUUCAUAACAAUAUUAAUUGACUAUUAAAUAUUAUCAACUAAAGAUCAUUUAAUUAAAUUGGGAUCAAUAUUAUUAAAAAAUUAAUUCUUUUUGAAUAGUUAAAUAAGUAAAGUAGAAAUGUAUUAUGCUACUGAUGUAAGUGUCUUUAAUCAUAUGUUAAUAUAAGCAACUGCAUAUAAGGAAGUGAGAUAAGAAUUAAUUAAACCAGAUUUGUUAGAUUUAUAUUUUCUAUAUACAGAAAGAGUUGUUGCAUAAAACAAUCCUAAAUUUAUAGCUAAAAUAUUAACUAGUCUUAUAGCUUCACAUGUUAUGAUUUAUCCUAUUUUUGGAGAUGAAGAGAUAUUAUCUUAACUUAUUAAUAAUGAAAAAUAAUAAACAUUAGUUGUUGUUCAUUUUCUAGGAAUGCUAUUAAUUUUGGAAACUAAAGAUACAAUAGAUGUUAAAGAUAAUCCAAAUGUUUAGAUGUUGGAUUGGUUAGCAUUAAAUAUGGAUUUCAUGCUUGCAGUUGAAGUGUUAUCAUAUUUAUAAAAAUAAUUUUUAUUGAAAAUAUUUAGAAAUAAAUAAAGUGAUAUUCCAUUAUUAAUGAAAUAAUAUUUAUAAUGUUUACGUGUAACUCAUAAUAAGAGAAUUUAAUAAAGAACAAUUUAAAAGAAAUAAUUUGAUGUUAAUGCAAUAUUAUAAUAAAUGAUUGGAUAUUUAACAGCUAUUUAAGUAUCAGAAUUACCAUCAAAAGAAUCUUUUACUAAAUUAAUUAAUUUGAUUCCAUUUUAAGAUUAGAAUGAACAAUCUAAUAUAUUUUCUAAUAUAUUACGUAUUGUUUAUGAUCUUCCAACUAUUAACUUUCAUUUUCUAAAAUUUGUAUUAGAAAAAUGUGAAAAAAUAUCAAAAGAAUCAAUAUUAAGUUAUAAUGGUUAUUACUCACAUAUAUUAACUGCACAAACAGUUUCAUUUGACUCCUAUAUGUUCUCUGUUUAAUUAUCUUUAUUAUUUGGAAGACCUGAAGCAUUAUUAAAUGAAAUUAGUGCUAGAAUGAAGAAUGAUUUUACUAAUUUUGAAAGAUAUGAAGAUUUUCUUACAAGAGAUGUAUUAUUAUAUUAUUUAUUAUAAUAGAUUAUAUUAUUAAUAGAUUUAUUAGAAAAUCCAUAUUAUUGUAUGAAUAUAUUAAUGUAAACUGGAUCAGAAUUCCCUUAAAAAAAAGAAAUCAUGACAUAAUUGUAUCAAUAUGCUGCAAUAUCAAUUUUGAAAUUAAAUGACUAAAUGACAUAGCUUUAAUUAUUGGAAACAUUACAAUUGUUUAUUCAUAUUUAAGAAUUACCUUAAUAUAUUAAAGAUUUAAUUGAAGAUGGAUAGGAUGGCAAAGUUAAGUUAAAGUAUCAAUACUCUCAAAAUUGGCCAUAUUUGAAUUUGUAAAAGGAUAUGGAAUCAGUCAAAUACUUUUUGAGUAAAGCUACAGAUCCAUUUGAUGAAGUAAUACUAAAAUUUUAAUAGAUAGUUAUUGUAUGCUCCAGAUUCAUUUCCCUUUUUAUUUGAAAUCAGACAAUUAGUGUAUAAUUGUGAAUCAUUUAUUAAGAUAAUUGAGUUGGCAUUACAAUCAAAAGAUAGAAUGAAAUUGUAUGUUUGGAUUGGUAAAUUGUUAUAUUAUGGAAAAUAAAUAUUAUUGAAAAAGGGAUCAACAAAAAUGGAUUAAUUGUUUGCUUUGGAUGAAUGCAAAUCAUUUAUUCAAGAGUUGAUUGAAAAAGAAGGAUGCAACAAAUUAGUACAAUACCUUUAACAGUGAU